AUUGAGUAUUCCUGUGCUGUGCUCUUUAUUCGCUCUGCAUACGGAAAGAGGGCUCGGCUCAGAAAUGCGCAAUCGACGUCAAGCUGUUCAUUUAGAGAUCGUGGGUAUAGACGACCUAUUUUUGGCAAGCCCUUUUGGUGCCUGGCCUGGCAUACUCAUUCCAUCUCCUUCGCACGCUUCCUUUUGUCUUUGUCACCCUUUGUUCCUUUUCAUUGCCACCAACCCGAUUCCCAUUCGACUUUCAUUCGACUUCUCGGGAUGCGAUUCCUCGACUUGAACCGCUAUUCGCUCAUCUCCCUCACGGCUACCCUGGUAGCCAUCGCCUACUCAUCCCACAAAUCGCUCUUUCACACCCCAUCCUCUUUUCUCAACCUCGGCCUCCUGAAGUCCCUCGAGCCCAUCCUCAAGGAUGUCCGACCCUUUGUCCCAGAGUCAUCCUUCCCACAAUCAUCACCCGACUCGGCUCUGAACAGUCUCCUCCACAGCAACCCAGCCGACCUUGUCGACCUUGCCAAGAACGGCGCUCAACUUGUGACGGCGGGGGUCGACAGCACUGAGCACAGCCGACUGCUUGGCGGUGCUGCUGGCAUAGGCAAUGGGUUCCGCCCCUCGGUCUUCCAGGCUAUGCUAGCGGAGCGAUAUCUCAAGUUCAGGACACCCUCACCCGCCGUGCUAUUGCAAUUACAAGUUAUCCUGUCAUAUCUUCAGAACGAAAAGCUGUGUGUCUUGGUCUUCACCAACAUGGCGUUUUGUCUAGCGUUCUUGACGGGCCGGCUCUUGUUGAGAACGUUCUUUGGCGACCUGCGUGUGAUCGAACGCCAGCACAUGUAUGACAGGGCGCUUAACUUUCUCCUCUUCAAGGUUGUCUUUGUCGGAGCAAUUCUGGAGCCUCGCUGGGAGGAGUUGCUGAUCUGGACAGCAUGGUUUACCAUACUGGGGUUCCUGCGUGUGUUUAGCAUGCUGUGUCGAGACCGAUUUGAAUAUCUGACUGUGUCGCCUAAUAUCCCCAUCAAAGUACAUGUCAAGAUACUGACCAUGCUCACCAUGAUCCUGGCAUCUAACAUUGCUUGGUUUAUUAUCUGCAUCUCAGUCUUCCGCUCAAUGCUUCUGCUCCUGUCGUUCGAGUGCUUCACACUGUUCCUGGAUACAAUUCAAACAUUUGUUAAAUAUGUCAUGCAUCUGGGAGACCUAUCACGGCAGGGACCAUGUGAAUCGCGACGGAUAGUCCAGUACUACAUCGAGUUCGUCACGGACACCAUGAUUCUGGUUACCACUCUUGGACAUUAUCUGCACAUCAUGUAUUUACACGGAAUCUCAUUUACCCUCAUCGAUGCGGUCCUAUUCUUGAACAUGAGGAGUGUCUUCAACAACCUACGGAAAAAGAUCGCAGGCCAUCAAGCCUACCGGCAGGCUCUAAGCAACAUGCAGGCAUUAUAUCCAUCGGCGACAGAAAAGCAGCUCGCGGAUUACAGCGACGAUUGUGCAAUCUGCAGGGACAGCAUGGCAUCUGCCAAAGUCCUCCCCUGCGGACAUAUCUUUCAUCUGUUCUGCAUUCGAUCAUGGCUGGAACACCACAGUUCUUGUCCGACGUGUCGGCGAUCGCUGGUCUCAAAGACAGAAUCGAAUGGAUCGGACAUUGAUACUGCAAGGGGAUUUCCUGCAGCAGACACCGACAUGGAGGGAUCAUCGAUUAGCAAUGUUAAUAUCAAUGUUAGCCAACAAAGCAGUAGGCGAGGCUCCUCCACUGCCACCCCUUCAUCGCAAUCUGCAGCGCCUCUUCCCUCGACCAACUCUUCGCCCUCUAGUAGCACCCACCACCUCGUCACGGGCACAAACAGCAACCGCUCCAGCACUGGCCAUCAACUCUUUGCGUUCAAUUCUGAACAACAACCCUGGCUCAGUCGACUUGGAUUCCCACGGAUUACAGUAGAGGUCGUGGAUCCUACACAGGAUGAUGACGAUUAUAAUGGACAUACCUAUCAGUCGCAACACCAUUCCCAUGGUCAUCAUACACGUCACCAGCCCCAAUCUCAUACGCCCUACCCAUUACAACGGAGUCGUUCUGACGACGGUUCUGAAUAUGACGAGGACGAAGAUCUGAGGAGGGCCAUUGCAGAGAGCCUGGCAAUGAGCCAGCCGACACAGGCACAGUCUUCCCCCUUCUUAUCCUCAGCGAGCACAGCAGCAGCAGCAACGUCCUCAAUGGAACUCGGAUCGCCUCGGCCUUCUGCGGUUUCAUCCGAUGGUUUAUCAGGAGAUGCAUUUCCGAGGUCAAAUGAUCAAAGCCGGCGGGGAAGUCUAGAGAAUCAGGUCUGGUCGUGUCAAGAUCUUCAGCGACGGCAACAACGAGACACUCUGCGGGAACGCAGAACCGCCAGCGGUGAUGAAAAAAUCCUCAACUACGAUAUUAGGGCGGAUUGAAAUGGCACUUGUAUACGACAGUAAUAUCUAGCCUUGCUGUCAGAUUCUCCGUGCUUCCGCUUCCUGUCCUCAUGGACUCUUCAGGGGUUAAGACCCUGUGUACUUUUAAAAAAAAUCUGAAUAAAUGAAACCCUUAAGUCUUAUAGAAUGUGACUGCGACUAGCUUUAGAAAAAAAAGAAAAGAAAAUAAACAUCGACG